UGAUCCAGUUCUGAAUCUUAUCGAUCUUUUUUUCUUCUUUUCUACCUGGACUACGAUAGGUAGGCAAGCCGAAGAAAAACAUGCCACACAUCGCCAACACACCCGAGUCGCGACUCCCCAGAUCCGACUCGAGAAACCCCGCGACAACAUGUCGAGGCAUCACGUCGACGGGCCGGCCAUGCCGCCGUGCGUUGGCAUCUCCUGUGCCUGGGAGUACGUCUUCAGGACCGGUGGAGUUUUGCUGGCAGCAUCAGGACCAGGCGAUUACAAGGGCGAAUCAGAACCAGAACCAGAACCAGAAGACCGGUACUGCACAGGCACAGGAACGGAGUAGCAUUGAUACGUUGGUCGACCGGUUGGGGUUGUUAGAGCUGAACGUGAAUGAGCCGAAGAGACAGAGGACGAGGACGAAGAGACCACGCCGGAGAUGGUGCUGCUUUGAGAUCGGGGAGGAAGAGGACAAUGUCGGUCCUCCUGUGCGAAAGACCAGACCGGGCCAGACGACGACAUCGACAUCGACAUCUGGAUAUUCUGGACCCCCUCCAUCAGCAUCACCGAUAUCCUCUUCCAGUACCCCGUCUCGACCAUCUCUAUCCAAUCAGUCGUCGUCUCAAACAAAGCCUCUUCUCUCCUGGAUCCCACCCUCACUCUCCCCGCAGACAAGCUCCCUGCUUGCCAAGGAACUGGCGAAGCCCAUCUCCUCCGCAGAUGAAGUAGGGUACAUCUACAUGUUCUGGGUGACGCAACAGACGCCGCCGGGAGACAUCGCCUCGUCGCUCGUUCCGCCGCCAGACGCCCAUCAUAACGGCCGGCCCGGUACAACGCGCAGCGUCAGCGAAGCGAUCCGCGCCGCCCAAGACCUGCAGAUGACAUCUACCACUUCCCAGACGCAUACGAUCCGGCUGAAGAUCGGCCGGACGAGUAACGUGCAGCGCAGACUGAACGAAUGGACCAGACAGUGUUCGCACCAUCUUACAUUGAUCAGAUAUUAUCCGUAUUCGCCUUCCUCCGGUUCUUCACCAUCAUCUACUUCACUACUAUCUCCCAACCUUUCCGCAAAGGUGAAUCAUGUCCAUCGCGUCGAACGCCUCAUCCACAUCGAACUCCGGGAUAUCAAGGCCCGCGAUUUAGGCAUGUGUCCCGACUGCGGCAAGGAACACCGCGAAUGGUUCGACAUCCCCGCCACCAAGGAGGGAUUGAGACGGGUAGACGAGUGUGUGCGACGGUGGGUGGAUUGGGCCGCCCAGAUUAACCCACAAUAACCCAUAAUAUAUCUUUUUAUCCUCAAUUCGAUAUUUUCGUAUUACUGUAUUUCUGAAUCCAUUUCAAGGAAAUAUAACCCAUCCAUAUCCCCCCCCAAACCAUCAAUGCAAGACAAGCCGUCACGCACAGACAAGGAAGUAAUAGCACCAGUCCGAAGAAGGCAGAGAGAAUCCCCGCCGCCGAGGCCGCGAUGAAGAUCCCCGCCGCGAAGAAAGCGAGGGGGAUACACGCGAAAAGCACCUGGACCGCCACCGCAGAAACAAGCAGCGGAUGCGUUAUUAUAAAGGCCGAAAUGGCUUGGCGGCGUUGCGGGGGGAGGAGGAUGUCAAGGCUGGCGAUCAACGCUUGGAACAGUCGGUGUCCUUGUUCUUGUAGGGGCUGUUCUUGCUCGGUUCGAAUCUCCGAGUGGGUGACGGAUGGUUUGGCGUCCCAGGCUGCGGGGAGGUCUAGGUUCGUGACUGGAAACUUGACAGACAU